UGAGGGGAGGACAGGAUAGCGUUCAGCAAAAUGGACGAAAGUUAUACGAAGUGUAGAAGAUAGGAAUCCUGAGGGCGGGAGAGAAUAGCUUUAUAAUAUAAACUGUUUAAUACUGGUGGUGGUGAACUAGAGUGUUGCCUAGGAACAUCUGUCACAGUAGUUGAUCUUUAGGUAAACCGACUGGUCUCUAAGUAAAGGCGGCACUUUCAACAGAGGAAACCUAAGCGUAUUUACUGAGAAGCAGGUCCCACUGAGCUUACUCCCAGGUGCCCAGCAUGUCCUGGUUGCUCUGCCACAGGACGCUCUGACAAUGAGCAUCAAUUCCUCCCUCAGUAACGAGAAUGCUUCAGGGAACCUUACGGUGCUGGAAGGCGGAGCUGGCAGAGUUACAGAGUCCAUUGCUAUUAUUGUCAUUGCCAUUUUCAUCUGUUUAGGAAACUUGGUGAUCGUCCUCACCCUUUACAAGAAGUCGUACCUCCUCACCCUGAGCAACAAGUUUGUUUUCAGCCUAACCCUGUCCAAUUUCCUUCUUUCUGUGCUGGUGCUUCCUUUUGUUGUGACCAGUUCCAUUCGGCGGGAAUGGAUUUUUGGAGUUGUUUGGUGCAACUUCUCUGCCCUGCUCUACAUGUUGAUCAGCUCGGCCAGCAUGCUCACUCUUGGACUCAUUGCUAUCGACCGGUACUAUGCUGUCCUGUACCCAAUGGUUUACCCAAUGAAGAUUACGGGUAACAGAGCAGUUGUCGCCAUUGUCUACGUCUGGCUACAUUCUCUCGUUGGAUGCCUUCCUCCCCUCUUUGGCUGGUCUUCUCUAGAGUUUGAUCAGUUCAAAUGGAUGUGUGUGGCUGCAUGGCACAAAGAGGCAGGUUACACUGCCUUUUGGCAGAUCUGGUGUGCCUUGCUGCCCUUCUUAGUCAUGACGAUUUGCUAUGGAUUCAUAUUUCGUGUGGCUAGGAUUAAAGCACGGAAGAUUCACUGCGGGAGCGUGGUCAUUGCAGAGGAAGAUACCCAAAGGAAUGGGAGAAAGAACUCCAGCACUUCAACUUCCUCAUCAGGCAGUCGAAGAAAUGCUUUCCAAGGGGUUGUUUAUUCUGCCAAUCAGUGCAAAGCUUUGAUAACCAUCUUGGUUGUGAUUGGUGCUUUUGUCAUCACAUGGGGGCCUUACAUGGUGGUUAUUACAUCUGAGGCACUCUGGGGGAAAAACAGCAUAUCCCCUGCUUUGGAGACAUUGGCAACGUGGUUGUCUUUUACAAGUGCUAUUUGCCACCCUUUGAUUUAUGGACUCUGGAAUAAAACAGUACGCAAGGAGUUGCUGGGAAUGUGUUUUGGAGACAGGUACUACAGAGAAUCAUUUGUUCAACGGCAGAGGACAACCAGAUUAUUUAGUAUUUCUAAUAGGAUCACAGAUUUGGGACUAUCUCCACAUCUCACAGCUCUCAUGGCAGGUGAGAGGACUUUAGGACAUAGCAGCAGCACUGGUGAUACAGGUUUCAGCUGCUCCCAGGACUCAGGAACAGACAUCAUGCUGCUUGAAGACUAUAGUUCUGAUGGAGUUCAUCACCCACAUUGCAUUUAUCCCCAUCGACGGAGGAGUUCUGUGACGUUUGAAGAUGAAGUGGAACAAAUUAAAGAAACAGCAAAGAAUUCUGUUCUUCAGGUAAAAGCUGAUGUCCAUAAGUCUCUGGACAGUUACGCAUCCAGCUUGGCCAAAGCUAUUGAAGCAGAUGUGAGGAUCACCUUGUUUGGUGGGGAUGCUUUACCCGGCUGUUUGUUUCCAGUGCGAACUGUAGCAGGCAGCAAUGCUUGUGCGCGGCGUGGGGGCAGGACUCAUGUCGGCCAAAGACUACAGCUACAAAGCAUUGAGGAAGGGAACACUUGAAAGCACUUAGACAAGGAGCAGAUAAAACCACUAAGGACAAUAUAGGAUGGUUAUUCUUUCAAAAGGAAAACAAAACUGCCUCCAGUGUUUUAGUUCAAGAACAUUUAAAAAAAAACUGAAGACUUGUCUUAACAGUAUUAGAAUUUGCUUAUAUAUGUCAAAUGUAUACUCUGCCCUUCAGAGUAGGGUUAAGGUCAACAUGUGCUUGAACGGCUGUUCAGUUAGGAAACAGAUUCAUAAUGAAAUGGAUAUUAGGAGGAAAGAGAGGCUGCUCACAACAUGGUGAUAAAUUGCUGAUUACUUUCCUUCUUUUCAGUGGCACAGGGUUCCUCUUCCUGCUUGUUUUCUCUUUCAUUCUAGCCUCUGACACAAUUUGUUUCAAACAACUCCUUUCCUCCCACUGCCCCCUUUGAUAAAUGUUACUGUUUUCCUUCACAUGCUCCUGGAGAACAUUAUAAUGAAAUGCCUUGAUAGACCAAAUGAGGAUUGUUAAAUCUGGUGUUCAGCAAAGGCUGAGAACUGGUAGAAAGGAAAUGGAAAAAGAAUCAUCCUACAUUAGGUACCAAGGAUUAGUUCCUCAUCCAACGGAAGGGAGCCAGGCAGAGCAGUCCAAACUAUAUGAAACCUGUGCAAUUUGCGCUGGGGUAAAUUAUGCUUAUGUAACUUGUCCCUAUUUCAAAUUCUGUCCAAGAGUAGAACCACUGCUGACAAUCAGCUCAAGCCUGACAGGGAAAGCAGGGGCUUUAAAAUAGAGUUUAACUUGUACCAUACCUUUUGCCAGUGUAACUUCCUCCAGGUUGCUAGGUCAUGUGACCAAGCUGUACAGAGUUUGGAAUGGGGUAAGUCUUCCCCUGCCCCACUCCGCCUCCACCAUGUCCCUGCAGGCCUUUUUUCAGGACUUACACCAGCCUCGGCUCAGCUGGCUGAGCUGGGAUGGAUGACUUGCCAUGGCGUAUCUCUAGCUGAGCCAGGCUGAGAGACUUCAGCCAGCAUAGCCUCAGCUGAGCCAGACAGAAUUAUAGAAUAGUAGAGUUGGAAGGGGCCUAUAAGGCCAUCAAAUCCAACCCCCUGCUCAAUGCGGGAAUCCAAAUCAAAGCAUUCCCAACAGAUGGCUGUCCAGCUGCCUCUUGAAUGCCUCCAGUGUCAGAGAGCCCACUACCUCUCUAGGUCAUUGGUUCCAUGGUCGUAUGGCUCUAACAGUUAGGAAGUUUUUCCUGAUGUUCAGUCGAAAUCUGGCUUCCUGAAACUUGAGCCCAUUAUUCCAUGUCCUGCACUCUGGGACAAUCAAGAAGAAAUCCUGGCCCUCCUCUGUGGCAACCUUUCAUGUACUUGAAAAGUGCUAUCAUAUUUCCCCUCAGUCUUCUUCAGGCUAAACAUGCCCAGUUCUUUCAGUCUCUCCUCAUAGGGCUUUGUUUCCAGUCCCGAUCAUCCUUGUUGCCCUCCUUUGAACCUGUUCUAGUUUGUCUGUAACCUUGAAGUGUGGAGACCAGAACUGAACACAGUACUCAAGAUGAGGCCUAACCAGUGCUGAAUAGAGGGGAACUAAUAUUUCACACGAUUUGGAAACUAUACUUCUGUUAAUGCGGCAUUUGCAUUUGCCUUUUUUGCAGCCACAUCACACUGUUGGCUCAUAUUCAGCUUGUGAUCAACAAUUCCAAGAUCCUUCUCACAUGUCAUAUUGCUGAGAUCCACUUAUUCCAAACUCUGCCCAUCCUGGUGGAUCUUGGGUUUUGAUUGCCCCCUAAUAGGCUGCAAUCCUAAUCUCAUUUGCCUGGGAGUGGGUGUAAACUAUGAGGCGGUUUGCCCUUAAGGUCUCUUCUUUUAUCCCAUCUAUAACAAAUGAAAAGAGUAGAUAUUGUUUACUUGUACAUGUCGGAUUAUUUAAACAAUUAUGAUGCAGUGGUCAAAGCCCUUUUAGGUGCCAUAAGUCAACCUGUAGACAUAUGUCCAUAGCUACUAGCUCUUUAAGACUUUUUUUGGGGGGGCUAUCAUGGUCUCCUGAAGACUUUUUAAUCUCCAUAGGUGAGCAGGCAUGUGGCUAAUGGCAAGCCUGCACUUAGUUGGAAGAAAGUUCCACUUAAAUCUGUGGGAAUUGCUUCCAAGUAACUAUGGUUGGGAUCCCAAAAGCAGGAAUGGGGAACCUGUCGCCCUCCAGAUGUUGUUGGGCUACAACUCCCAUCAUCCCUAACCGUUGGUCAUGCUGGCUGGUGGCUGAUAGGAGCUGGAGUCUAACAAUACAGUAGGGCCCCGCUUUACGGCACUUUGCUAAUGCAGUGGUCGCAAUUAGACUAAAGCCCCACUCAUAGGGUGUUUGUUCCGCUUUUACGGUGGUUUUUGGGCAUUGCGCACCAUUCUAUUCAAUGAGUUUUGCUUUUCGGUGGGGGUCCGGAACGUAACCCACCAUAUGAAUGGGGCCCUACUGUAUCUUGAGGGCUACAGAUUCCCCAUCCCUGCUAAUAGUCUAGUGAAUAUGCUUAAGAUGAUUUCAUGUGCAUACAGGAGUUGAUGGUCCCCCCCCCUUCUAACUAUUCCUCACACCGCAGCAAAAUGCUGCUCUGUAAGGUUCCCUGGCCUUACAGGGGGUAGGGUGGGGCAAGAGGAACUGCAAUGAGAAGGGGAGGCCUGAAAAGCCUCAGUGUGAAUGUGGAACACCACAGGCAGGGCUGUGCUUUUAAGACAGAAAUUUCAUAAGGAUAUGUUUUCCAUCCAUACUACUCUCAAUAACAAAUACAAGUCUUUGGUUAAACAAAUACAUCUCUAGAGUAACCAAACAGGAUUAUAAUGGUCGAUUUUGCCCAAGCAUUUUUUCUAACCAUCUGCCCAAAUGAUGUUUACAACAUUUGCAGCUGUACUAAUAAUAACAGCUUUGAAAUGUUUUAAUGUUCUGUCAAUAACACUUGUUCUAAAAUAUAGAACAGCUCUUAACUUUGGUAAAUGUGUUUAAGCAUUCCUGCUAAUGUCCUUUCUACAGAAAAUGACACUUUUUAUACUUUUCUUUUUCCAUAAUUGUAAUUGGAAAAUAAUUAUAUUUUCCAAAUACAGUACUAAGGAGCUGCUUCUAGAUCAGUCCCAAAAGGAGGCCCUUAUGGCUAACAAGUAAUAGUUAUAAACGCAAUGCAAAAUAAUUUUUGGAAAGAAUAUCCUAACCUUACCUGCCAAUGAAUUAUCAUCUUGCAAGGGCCUAUUAGGUAGAGCAAGGCAGGUACCUCAAGCAGCAGAUGCUAGAGGGGCAAGGAGAGGCCGCAAGAUAUUGAUGGGACAGACAUCUUGCUACAUCUGCCUGUAUCCCAGCAUCUGGGGACGGGCCAUAGCUCAGUAGUAGAACAUCUGUCUUACAUGUAGAAGAUCCAAGGUUCAGUCCCCGGCAUCUCCAGGUCAGACCAGGAAAUACACCUGCCUGAAAUUGUGGAAAAAGCUGCUGCCAGGCAGUUGGACAGUACUGAGCUAGAUGGACUAGUGGUCUGACUUAGCAUAAGGCAGUUUCCUGUGAUUCUAAGCUGGUGCGUGCAUUAUACAAUGUGCCCUGUGUUUUCUAAAGCUACCCUAAGGUGCAGUGGUCUAGUCAGCUUCUGUAGUCAUCCAGGCAGCAGAAUGUGCUGGACCAGGUCUGGCAUCUUGUCUUUGCCACAUCCAUGAUGUGCCAUCAGAACACUGCCAGCUGCCCUCACAGACUCCAGGUAAUCCUAGAUCCCAUUGUGGCAAUGGAAACCUAUGCCCCCAAUCAAGCAAAAAACAUUUGCAAGAGGUUGAUAUAGUUUCUUGUAUUUCAAAGAAAAACUCUUGCUAAUAACUGGGCCUUCUGCAAACCAUAUUUUUGUAGUGGAGAAACAGAUGAAGGUACACUUGGUGUUUGCCAUUACAUUGCAAAAUACUUUGGAAAUGUUCAUGGUUUAUUCUAAGGUAGUCAGCUUUAUCCUCUAUGGAUUUGUCUAAGUAGCCACCAGUCAUGAUGGCUAUAUUAUCUCCAGCAUCAGAGGCAGCAUGCCUCUGCGUGCCUGUUCCUUGGGGUCACAAGUGGGAGAGUGCUACUGUAGUUAUGUCCUGCUUGUGAGCUUCCCGUAGGCAUCUAUCUGGUUGGCCAGUGUGAGAACAGGAUACUGGAUUAGAAGGGUAUUGCUUUGAUCCAGCAAGGCUCUUACAUAUCCUUAUGGUACUCUUACUGAGCACAAAAUUAAGUUAAUAUUCUCAUACAGAUUGUUGCAUACUUGUUUUGUACCCCCUACUCAAUAGUUAA